UCAAUCAUAUGUUCGCUGUAUAUCGUCACGGAAAGUGACAACGACCAAGACAAGUGUUUUUCGAUCAGCAUUUUAAAGCCGCGCACCACCCUGACCGGCCUUCAGACACGCCGGACACCUUCUUCGGACUCGAGAGGACACCGUGUACGAGUCAACCACGGAGCAAAUCCGAAAUAUGGCCGCGAAUCUGGAUGAGGAGCAGAGUCUGCGGGAGUGCGAGGCCUACGUCCAGAGGCACAACAUUCAGCAGACCCUGAAGGACUGCAUCGUGCAGCUGUGCGUAAGCCGCCCUGACAACCCUAUCGCCUUUCUCAGGGAGUACUUCCAGAAGCUAGAGAGGGAGCAGGCACACGAUGCAAAGCAGGCAGCUGCCAGUCCAGAGGACACGGAGGAUCUGUCACCCCUUCCAGCUCAAGCCCAUCAGCCUGUGAGGCGCCGGGGUGGAAUAUCGGCCGAACCAGUCACUGAGGAAGAUGCAACCAGCUACGUUAAGAAGGUUGUGCCAAAGGACUACAAGACCAUGGCAGCUCUCUCAAAGGCUAUUGCCAAAAACGUGCUCUUCUCUCACUUGGACGAAAACGAGCGUUCGGACAUCUUCGAUGCCAUGUUUCCUGUCAACUUUUUGCCUGGCGAGAGUAUCAUCAAGCAGGGAGACGAAGGUGACAACUUCUACGUCGUGGACCAAGGGGAGGUUGAGGUAUUUGUUAAUGGAGAGUUGGUCACCACAAUCGGCGAAGGUGGCAGCUUUGGUGAACUUGCCCUGAUUUAUGGAACCCCUCGCGCAGCUACUGUUCGGGCCAAAACUGAUGUCAAAUUGUGGGGCAUUGACCGUGACUCCUACCGCCGUAUUCUGAUGGGAUCUACCAUCAGGAAGCGCAAGAUGUACGACGAGUUCCUCUCCAGGGUCUCCAUCCUUGAGAGUCUUGACAAAUGGGAGCGUUUGACUGUGGCGGACGCCUUGGAGCCAGUUUCUUUUGAUGAAAGAGAGACUAUCGUCCGCCAGGGAGAACCAGGUGAUGAUUUCUACAUCAUUGUCGAAGGCACUGCGCUUGUCUUGCAGUACAGAGCAGAGGGUGAUGAACCUGUUGAAGUUGGCCGAUUGGGACCCUCAGACUAUUUUGGCGAGAUUGCUUUGCUCCUGGACCGUCCCAGAGCUGCCACUGUGGUUGCUAAGGGUCCCUUGAAAUGUGUCAAACUCGACCGUGCUAGAUUUGAGCGUGUGCUGGGCCCGUGCGCUGACAUUCUGAAGAGGAACAUUCAGCAGUACAACAGCUUUGUGUCCCUUUCUGUUUAAAUCUGUUGUCCUUGUUCUUUUCUCCUUUGUUGUUUAAGUGCCCUAAACUCAUUAUCUACAAAAUGGAACCCCUUCACGUCUGCCCGCGACUCUAAAUGUAAAUUUAAGAAUUCGUACUCACUCCUAGAAGCACCGUGAAGGAAAAAACGCUAACUUUGUUUACUUUCAAUUACCAAAAGUAACUGUGAACCAUCUGUGUAACACCAUGUCAUAAAAUCUUUGAAAAAGCGAAUUGUCAUAUAUAUUUUAACUGUUAAGGGGAUCAAAAUGUUUGUGUGAACUCGUGGGAACUGCCAAAAUUUUUGCAUUCGUUUGCUCGAAAGCAGUGUUAGGCGAUUAUAAAUGGUCUUUCCAGCAUUUCAAUGUUUAGUUUGCACUGAUGAGACGCUGAGAAAAGUACUUAUUAUAUCCGCACUUGGAAAGGCCCAGACUAAAUAAAUGUUGUAAAACGAUUCCCUCGGAAAAAUCUUUUGUAACUCGCUAUUAUGGUUUCUUAUUCAAACAUCUGCAGAGGAUUUAAAGCGUUGCUGAAGAAUUAGUUUGUGGUUAGGCCUGAUAAUAUUUUAUAAAAUCGUUAGGCUAAUAUAGCUACUAUAUUUAUAUUUAAUCCUUUAUUUCAUACCACACUAAUUUAUUAUAAGUAAUCAAAUUAUCUAGACGGUUAUAUUAUAUUAUUGUUGCACACACGUGAAGAGAACUAAUUUCAAGGUGUAGGUAUGAACUUAAAAUGAUGCCAACUUAAAACUGAUCAACUAGUUUCGUAACAAAAAUUAUAGCGGAUGACUCAUGAGCUUAGAAGGGAUAAAACUAAUGUUUCUACACACAGUUGUCACAACCCUUCUUAUUCGGCACUUUAUGAUAAUCCAAAUACAUUAUGUGAGUGUUUUAGACAACAUACAUACAUUUGUAAAUUAAAACUACAACAAUCAAAAGCCAUUUUCGCCUCUUGCUGGUCGAGAGGAAAAACAUGGUUGUUGGUCAACGGCAAGCAAAAGUGUAUCAAUAUAAAAACUGACAGUCUGCAAAACAUUUCUGAUGAGGAGUUUUCAGCAAACAAUAGAUUCUUACAUAGUGUGAGCCAUUGAAGCUAGUAAAAUUAUCUUCCCUGCAAGCAGGAUAAUUAAUUGAAUGAGUGAACACAAAAACACGACAUGACGUCAACACCUGGUCAAGUGGAAGCACGCAGUUAUUGUUGUACCAAUGUUUCUUCUAAAUUAUGCUGUGUUCAAGAUGAAUGUGUCGGCGAAAACCAAGCCUGGCUGUCAAAGCGGCGGGCGCGUGAGAUUGCGGCUGGCUCCGCGGCCAAGCGAGCUGCGCUAAUUUGACACCCUGAGGGCUUUUUUGUGUGAUUUCUGUAGUUUAUUUUGAUCAGAGAUCGUAACACAAGGAAAACCUUUGCUGUAUGUAUCUUUUGUCUCUUUAAAUAAAAUGAGGAAAUAUUAAUUGUGAA